AUGCGGUCGUCGAGGAUAUCCAAAGACACGGCCAAGCUGUUCCAGCGCCAGGCCUCCCCCUCCGGCGGCACCGGCACCGGCGCCGGCGCCGUCCGUCGCAUCACCCGGUCCCUCGCCCGCUUCGCCGCGCCGCAGAAUGGCCCCCGAACCCCCGACAUGGAAGACUGGGCCAGCCCGCCGGCCAAGAAGCGCCGCCGCCGCAGGAGCUCCGACUCGCCCGCGGGGGCCGCCGUCAAGGCCGAACCGCCGGAGCAGUCGCCGGUGGGCGCGCCCUGCUCGCCGCCCAGGCCGCCGCGGGCUCGCAAGCCGGCCGCGCGGACAGCACGCCCUCCCGCGGGGGGGGCGGCCGUCUCGCCCCCCCCGGGCUGGGAGGCCACGUACAACGCCGUCAAGCGCAUGCGGGCUCCCGGAGGCGCGGCCCACGGCGCCGCCGUCGACACCAUGGGCUGCGAGAGGCUGGCGGACCGGGACGCGUCCCCCCGGGACCAGAGGUUCCACACGCUCAUCGCCCUCAUGCUCUCCAGCCAGACAAAGGACACGGUCAACGCGGCAGCCAUGCACAGGCUGAAGACGGAGCUGCCGGCCCACAGGGCAGGCGCCCCGGCGGGCUUGAACCUCGAAAACGUGCUGGCCGUGGAUGCCGACCUGCUGAACGGCCUGAUCUGGGCGGUGGGAUUCCACAACAACAAGACAAAGUACAUAAAGCAGGCGGCCGUGCGGCUCCGCGACGAGUGGAACGGCGACAUCCCCGACACGGUCGCCGGGCUGACGUCGCUGCCGGGCGUCGGCCCCAAGAUGGCCUACCUCUGCCUGUCGGCGGCGUGGGGCCGCACCGAGGGCAUCGGCGUCGACGUGCACGUCCACCGCAUCACCAACCUGUGGGGAUGGAACACGACCAGGAACCCCGAGGACACCCGCCUGGCCCUGCAGUCGUGGCUGCCCCGCGACAAGUGGCGCGAGAUCAACUGGCUGCUGGUGGGCUUUGGCCAGACCGUCUGCCUGCCGGUCGGCCGGCGCUGCGGCGAUUGCGAUCUGGGCGUCGGCGGGCUGUGCAAGGCUGCCGAGCGGAGCAAGGUCGCCGGGAGGAAGAGGACAACGCGAGAGGUGUUGAAGAAGGAGGAGGAGGAGGAGGAGCACACAUCCCCUGCCAUGGAAGAGGAAAAGCCAGUGUGA